AGCAUGCCCUGGUGAGAGGGCUCCUCUAGGGGAGCCCAGGGUGCUCCGGGAGCCUGCUGGUUUGGGGGUGUCUCCUCCCGGGGCGCUAUGGCGGCGUUGGCCAGUAGCCUGAUCCGACAGAAGCGGGAGGUCCGCGAGCCCGGGAGCAGCCGGCCGGUGUCGGCGCAGCGGCGCGUGUGUCCCCGCGGCACCAAGUCUCUUUGCCAGAAGCAGCUCCUCAUCCUGCUGUCCAAGGUGCGAUUGUGCGGGGGGCGGCCCACGCGACAGGACCGAGGCCCAGAGCCUCAGCUCAAAGGCAUCGUCACCAAAUUGUUCUGCCGCCAGGGUUUCUACCUCCAGGCGAAUCCCGAUGGGAGCAUCCAGGGCACCCCAGAGGACACCAGCUCCUUCACCCACUUCAAUUUGAUUCCCGUGGGGCUCCGUGUGGUCACCAUCCAGAGUGCCAAGCUGGGUCAUUACAUGGCCAUGAAUGCCGAGGGGCUAUUGUACAGCUCGCCACAUUUCACAGCAGAGUGUCGCUUUAAGGAGUGCGUCUUUGAGAAUUACUACGUUCUGUAUGCCUCUGCUCUGUACCGCCAGCGUCGUUCUGGCCGGGCCUGGUACCUAGGCCUGGACAAGGAAGGCCGGGUCAUGAAGGGAAACCGAGUCAAGAAGACCAAGGCAGCUGCCCACUUUGUGCCCAAGCUCCUGGAGGGUGGGUAUGGGCUCAAGAAAAGUGGCCAUGUACCGGGAGCCUUCUCUCCACAGUGUCCCUGAGACCUCCCCUUCCAGUCCCCCUGCCCCUUGAAAUGUAGUCUCUGGACUGGAGGCUCCCUGCACUUCUGGUUAGCCGGCCACCACCGCCACAGCCUGCCUCCUAGCCCUGCUCCAGGCCUUGCUGCUCUCACCCUGCUGCCACACACCUGCCCUAAGCAGCCAGGUCUCACCAGGUGCUGUACCCUGAGGGCACUUAGAGGCUGGCUGGAACUCCUGGAGUUGCUGAGCUCUUAGAUCCUGGGGCCUAGGAGAGCUUCUGAGAUGGGGGUGCCUGAAAUCAUCCUGGCUGAUCCACCUAUUUCCACACUAGCUUCUACCCCUCCAAAGAACCCCAGUUUUUCCCGAGAUGGCGCUGGGGCUUCCAGAAUUGACAGAGCAAGGGUAUUAGCCCUCCUCACCUGGCCGAGCCAGUUUCUGAAGUCACACAUUCCUUUACAUUCCUUUACAUUGUCGUGAAGCCAUAGCUUUCUAGGUCGGCCACUGGCACUCAGAACUAGUUUCCUUCUCUCUCUGCUCUACCUUCUGCCUUGGUCUGGACAGGUUCUGACCCAGCUGAACAUCCAGCCAGGGCCAUUCUGUGUUCUGUAUUGGAACCCAGGCAUGGAUCCUUUAAACUUCUAUUCUUGACCUAGAUGGAAUCCCCUGGUUAAAAAAAAAAAAAAAAAAAA